AUGAACAGCACCAACGGCACCGGGGACGCUACUGAAACGGCCAGUGUUGGCUGGGUUUCGCCGCCCAACGCUGGACGCAGCACCUGGGGAAUCAUUUGGAGCUGCCUGACCAUAUUUCUACUCUGCUCUUGGAAGUGCACGCAUCUCAAUAUUCCCACCGUCGAAGAGAGCGAGGCGGGCUGGCAUCAUGUGUGGUGCAUCCCAGUCUUCCCCGAAAAGCCACUGCUUCGCAAAUGGGACCGCAAGCUGUUCUUCAUGGGUCUCAGCGCCAUCGCGCCCGAAAUGGUGGUGUCGCUAGCCGCGAAACAGCACUUUAAAGCCCGACAAGAGAUGCAAAGAGUCAACAACACUAACAGCAAAAACAAAAAGUACACCCUGGCACAUGCCAUGUUUGCCGAAAUGGGCGGCUUUGUGGUACAUUUCUACGGAGAGACUCCUCAAGAGCUUGGUGCUGAUACUUCCAUCAUCGACGAGGCUGGCAACGACGAUUUUGCACGCCGGAUGAAGGCGGUCGCAAAAUUUGAUAAGGGCAAGAUGUUUAUUAAGAAGGCCCAAAUUCUAGAUCUGUCACAAGUUGCGAAACUCGAGAGUAUCGGCUCAUUCAACGUUGACGAAGCCGAUAUCAAGGAUCGGUCCAAGGCCGACCCGUUUACCAAGGUGUUUGCGCUGGUACAGGCCAGCUGGUUAGUGUUGCAGAGCUGCGCGCGCAAAGCAGCUGGCCUACAAAUCACAGAGCUAGAACUCAUGACCCUGGCUUUCACCGUAUGCGCGCUGUUCACUUACAUCCUGUGGUGGCACAAGCCUUUUGAUGUCGAGCGUAGCAUUGUCGUCCUUUUACCAGAAUCAUGCAUUCGAGUGCUUGAAAAGGAGCCAGAGUGGAAAAAGCCAAGUUGGCCAUCUCAAUGGGACCAUUUCCAGCGGAGCCUCUCUCAAUGGGACCAUUUCCAGUGGAGCCAACGUAUUGUCGACCUCGAUUGGGACACCUUUGAAGCCGUGACUACUAGUUUUGGCCUGGACUCAGGUGAAGAAGAAUCAUACCACAUAAUCGGUACAGUGGCCUUUUAUGUCUUUGGUGCCGUCUUCUCCAGUAUCCAUUUUGCCGCCUGGAACUGGGUCUUUCCUCUGCCCGUACUACAAACGAUCUGGCAGUCCUUUUGUGCUGCAGCGUUCGGCUCAGCCAUAUUGCCUCUCGUCUUUGGGGGAUUAUUUUCAAAAUUAAGAACCAACUACGACGGUCCUGAUAUUGUCGUUAUCAUUUUGGUAAAUCUCUUUUUUGGCACGCUUGUUAUUAAUAUGAUCGCUCGACUGGCAUUAAUCGUACUCACAUUUUAUUGUUUUACUUCUAUGCCAGCUAGCGCAUAUCAGGAUCUGGAUUGGGCUCAGUUCCUGCCACACUUUUCUUAG